AUGGCCGAUGGGGAUGAGUUCAUUGUUACCGCUAAGCUCUUCGAGCAAAAUCAACUAUCGAGGACCAGAGCUCUGUUCGAUUGGAAUUCUAGCAGCGGCGCAAUUAUAUUACAUUUUCGCCACGAUUUCCAAACUCGUGGUCAAAGGGAGAAGAUCCUUAUGAAUAGUCGGAGCGUAUGGGGAUGGGGCAGGCAGCGGAUCAGUGCGACUCCAUUCAAGCCAGGGGAACAUGUCGAAAUUCAUUUCAAAAAAAUCGGCGACAUCUAUGAGAUAACCCUCACCGAAGGCGUCGUGCUGACUUUCCCGCAUCGAUUUUCAGAUACGCAAAAUCCCACAUCAUUUUCCUAUCUGGGUGACUGGACAAUUUUGAAGAUUCAGAUGUAA